ACAGUCCUGAAAGGAAGUUGUUGUAAAGCCGACUCACGCCGUUUUCCUUGCCCGCGAAUAGAUCGGGAUCCCCAACGUCGGCUGAUUACUAAAUCCAGGUGGGCAGUCCGAUCGCAGCUGAUAGGGUCACCCUGCUUUUAGUUCUGUGGACAUUUAUCACAGGCCACUCCACGUACUCAUUGGGGAUCCCGGACAACAGUCUCCCGCCGUCUGUUACCGGUUAUGCAACCAACGUGACAGUGACAGAGUGACUCCUCACAGCUAAAGCAAGCUAGCUCGGCUAGCUAGCUCCGUGUAGCUAAGUCGGACAACUUUGGGCUUCUGUCCCGUUGGGAAGCGGAGAGCUCGACCGAGGUGGACCGCGCCCGCGCUUUCAACCUCCCCGCGUGUACUUCAAAUGGCUUUCGUGACGGCGUUGCGAAGACUGUCUCUCGCCGGGUUACGGGAAUGUUCGCGGAGGACGGCGGCGGUGACUUCGGGAGCCCGGCUGACCGGUCGGAGGAGCUUCACCGGCGGCACGCAGCCUCUGAGGUCCGACAACAAGGUGGCGGUGAACUUCAUCAACCGAGACGGGGAGCAGAUCACAGUGAAGGGGUCGCCUGGAGACUCGCUGCUGGAUAUUGUCAUCAAUGAAGACCUCGACUUUGAUGGCUUUGGGGCGUGCGAGGGAACUUUGGCGUGCUCCACGUGUCAUCUAAUCUUCGACGAGGAGACCUACAAGAGCCUGGGCCCGGUCACAGAUGAGGAGAUGGACAUGCUCGACUUAGCGUACGGCCUCACUGACACAUCUCGCCUGGGUUGCCAGAUCUGUCUGACAAAGUCUCUGGAGGGCGUGGUGGCCCGGGUCCCCGAGAGCGUCGCCGACAUCCGACAGAGCAAAGACGGAUCGUCUUAGGAGCGCUGUACGUAGACACUGGUUGUGCCCGGCUAGAGCCUGAGGGUGUGUGCACAGGGACGAUGGCGGGUGUGGAUCUGUCGACACUGGUGUAUCUGCUGGACUGCCGCAGUAUGUUCCCACCUUUUUUAAAAUAAAGUCACAGACAGAAUAUGGGAUUUGGACGCACAAAUGAAGACGUUCUUUUUUUAUAGAAAAGUAAAACUGCAAAGAAUUAGAGAGCUGCUGUAGUGUGAGUAAUUGCAAGAGGAACCAAUGACACCUCUUCAUUAUAGAUGAUCCCCCCCAAUUUGAAGUCUUGUCCAUUUUUAAUCACUUUUAGUAAUCACUAUGGCUGACACUUUUCAUUUUUCUAACAUAGUUAUUGAACUUUCACACUGCAACCUAAAUCUAUGCCUCUAGUUUGGGGCUGUGCCUUGCGGUUGUCUCUCUCUGUGCAAAUGAGUCCUAUUCACUGAACCAGGAAAAGGUAAACAGCUUAUUGCAGCCUGCGACUGAAACAGUUCUCGAUGCCUUGGCGCUUGUGGUGAUGCUGACACCCCCCCUACCCCCUAUAUUAUUUUACUCUACACAUAUGUAUACCUCUACUAUUGAUUGUUUGAUCAGAUCCUCCAUGUAACCAUAUAAUUCCAUGCUGUGAUUGUACAUGGCUAGAACACACAUGUAUAGAGUGGAAAAUUAUGUAAUAAAACCACCUUUCUAACGGA